AUGUCCCCGCAAGGCCUGAUGGUCUGGACUCUGUCACUCUGGAGGCGAGAAGGCGCUGUUCGCCCAGACUUUCUCGUGCGAUCUGUGUUUACUCUGGUAUACUGGAGACGAUGUAGACCAUUUUCAGGGCCCGUGCUAGGCAACGUUAUGCAUGUUGGUCUGCCUACGCUCCACCGUCGUGCUGUCCGCUGUUGGCUGGCUCCACGGAUGAUGGAUCAUUGUUGCACCGGCAAGGGCCAUAACGAAGAUAUAGGCAGAAUGCUCUCGUUUUACCUACGACGUCUGGGAGCUCCCAACAUCCCGCUCCAAGCAUUUUCGCUGUCCUCUUGGCCAAGAAACAACGGCUCUGCGAUAAGCAAGACGGUGUUUGAGCACGUCCAUCAUGGACUUCGACAUGGUGGUCCCAACUCAAGAGCAGUCGCGCGCAUGCGACCUCAGCCCUACAGGGAUUUGGCAAAUGCAGCAUCGAGAUUGCCUAAUAUAAACCCAUUGUAUCUGCAUUCUGGAAUUCCAACCCCAGACUCCGAAGGCGACGAACCCUCAGAAUCCACCCAUCCAUGCCUCUCUCGUCAACCCUACUUCAUCUCCAGAUCCAUCUCACCAUGGUCCGCCAUAACUCAUAGCCCUACGGCAGAACACCUAGCUUCAAAGGAAUGCAAUAUUCACCUUCCUGUAACUUCUCCCACGUCAGCGUAUAGCCCGACGUUUGCAUAUCUGGACCAUCAGCUACCAUACCCCAGACUCAUGCUUCGCCACAUGGAAUUCCUCUCCUUGUCCUUGGCGCGCGGGUCCUCGUCGUCGAUGUCUUCUGGUGAUGAGGAGAAUAUGCGUUUGAUCCAGCUGCGGGUAGAUUUCCGCGAGGUUGAGGAGGUCUUGGUUUUGGUCGUUUUUAGAGAUGGCUUUGAGUCGAAUGGACUGCUUGUUCGUAUCGAAGAAGCGACAUCUGAGGAUUGUCUCUCAGUGGAAGACAUACAGGGUGACUUCCUGCUUGGCGACAUGGUGUCGGUUGAGUUUGGCCUCGACUUUCUUGACAUCUUUUUCGAUGUGAAAGGUUGGAACGAAUACAGGGAUGAUGGUACACAAAAACUCAUCUUGAUGGUACAGGAAGAAAGGACAUCUUCUGCUAUAUCCAAGCCUUUCUUGCAAUCAACCCAGCCCUUGAUCAAUAGAACACGCCAGCGACCCACGCCACGGGUCGCAUCCUGUCAAACGUGCAAAUCCCACCGAAUAUCACCGUCAGUCGUACAGAACCCUCAGCUCAAAAGCUGGCGCAAAGCAACAUCGUCAGACAGAACUGCUCACUGUUCGCUAUUCGCUGCCACCCUCAACUCAGCUCAAAACGCAUCAAACGCCUCACGUAUCAUUGUGACAUUUGAUCGACAUAUAUGCGGGCUGUGUGCCACGCUUCAAAGGAUUAUUUCAAAGGAUUCAAAGCUGUACUGUAGGAAUGUACUGUACCCAGGAAACGCGUACCAUGCGCUAAUUGAUCAAGCCGCGUGGUUUGCUGCUGAUCGACAUGAGCAACGUGGUCGACUCAUUGCGGGUUCAGAGUUUCUUUGUCUUACCGAUGAGCUUAGCAACGUCCUCAGAGCCAUUGAGCCUAAUACUGCCUACGCUGUUCCUGCGUUACGACACUUGAUCAUUCGCAGCGGUAGACUGCAGUUGGGCAACCCUAUAUCUGACUCGUGCGCAGAUAAACCCUUAAAUUCCAGGCUUCUAAAGAUGUCCUCAGAUGGAGCGAUUCCCGUACAACUGCUUCAGCACGUCAGCACGCUCAUUCACCUUGAUCAUCCUUCAGACUUACGUGAGGCUCUUGAUAAUCCCUGCGUUCGAAAUUCAAUUCGUCAGGCACAACGACAAGCCAUAUCCAAAGUGUUUGCCAUGAGGGUUCUCAUUGGAAAUAUGCGAGUUUUUGCGAAUGGAACAACAGCACUCUUCUCGGGAUCGAAUGAUUGGCCAGGAUGCAGGGUAUCGUCGAGGAACUCUCUUCUGUUCCAGGUUUGA